AUGGUGCUACGAAAGUCCGACGAAGCCGACGACGUCGUUCCAGCGCCGCUGUCCAAAGCGAUACCCCCGUAUCCCACGACGCCCUCUGACGAGCACCCGCCUGCCUUUCCCGUAUCGCCCGAGCGUGCCGUGAACCCGCCCAGCACAAGCAAGUCGCCAGCGUUCAACAUCAAGACGCCCGAGGAGACGCGACUUCCCGACGACAAGCACGAGAGCGACUCGGACCUGAGCGAAGACGAGUGGAACCAGUCGGAUGAUGACUUCGAAGACAUCAACCACAACGACGUGCCUGCCGCCCUGAAGCCGGCUGCUGGAAAAAGGCCACCUGUGCCAAGUACAACACACAUCACCAGCGGCCUUCCCGAUGCUUUGAGGCCAGGGCCGCCGGCAGGUAUCCCCAUCAAGCGCUCACAGGAAAGCAUCUCGGCCACGCCCACCGGUGCCAGCGCGGCUUCCUACGGCGCAGCCAGCACCGUGUCCGAGCAGUCGAAUGGCUCCAUCCCGCUGAAGACCAACAACCCCUACCUGAAGAUGCAGACGACUGGACAGAACAGCUGGGACGGAGAGAGCAGCCAGGCUAUCUGGGGCGAUGCGCCGAGCCACGCCCACAAGUACGAGGCGCCCGUCGAGCUCCCGGCCUUCCAGACGCCAAGUACCCCCACCCACGACAUGAAGAACCUUGGACUAGAUGACCAUGCCCCGUCUACGCAGUCGACAGCACCAGUAGAGCCGCCUGUCAUUGCUGUGAACUCACCUACACCCCGGUCGGAGCAUGCAGACACCUCCCUCGAUACGAAUCCAUGGGAACCCGCCUCGCACGAUGCUCAUACUGACACUGUACCCUGGACGGCACCGCCAAGCGAUGCAGCUGCCCGUAAUGAAAGCUCACACAACAUUCCCGCCCCAAUCAUUUCAAAUGCGAAUAUCGUAGAGCAAUCGCCUCUUCCACCUCAAUACACGCCCGAGCAAACACCACCCUCAUCCGAAGAACCUCCACCUGCGCUGCCGCCAAGAAGGUCGCACGAGGAUAUGGCGCCUGCAAUGCCUCCUAGACCUAUCGACACAGGUAUCGGUUCGUCCGCUCCUCCUGGCUUGGAAUCGCCCAAUACGACAAUGGAGAGACAGAGGAAGGAACACUACCAAAUCAAGCACAUUCGCUGGCUUGACCACACGAUCGAGGACAUGCGCGUCUCGCCCAUCCUGACGCAGAACCUGAAUGGCCCCUGCCCUUUGCUGGCUUUGGUCAACGCACUAGUCCUUUCGACUCCUGCUAGGCUUGACACUGCGCUUGUUGAGACAUUACGCACACGCGAGACAGUCAGCCUGGGACUACUGCUUGAUGCCGUCUUCGACGAGUUGAUGUCCGGUAGACGGGGUGAUGCUGCGCAAGCUCUCCCCGACGUGAGCGAGUUGUACAAGUUCCUCCUCGCUCUCCACACAGGUCUCAAUGUCAACCCCAUGUUUGUCCCGGACUCCAACACCCCGGAUGCACAAUCCACGCUCACGAGCCGAGCUGGCGCUUUUGAGAACACUCAGGACAUGAAGUUGUACCGCACUUUCAACAUCCCACUGAUGCAUGGAUGGCUGCCCGAAGCUGGAUCCGACGCUUAUGCUGCCUUCAGUCGCGUAGCAGCGUCAUACGAAACAUCACAGUUUGUACAGUUCCAGGAGGAGGAGUUGAACGCGAAGUUAGGGGCGGGCGAGUCUCUGAACGAGGACGAGCAACAGAUGUUUACGGACAUCCACGCCAUCAAAGAGUUCUUGAUGCGUUGGCCAACUCAGCUGACCGACCAUGGUUUGAAGGUCAUUCGCGAUAACCUCCAGCCCGGUCAAGUCGCUAUCCUGUUCCGAAACGACCACUUUUCGACGCUCUGCAAGAACCCUCGCAAUGGCGAGCUCGUCACUCUCGUCACAGACCAGGGCUACUCCACCCACGACGAAAUUGUCUGGGAGUCUCUUACCGACGUCAACGGCCAAGGUAGCCAGCUCUUCUCCGGCGACUUCCGCUCCGUCGACAACAGCAACACAUCCGGCCUACAAGACCAGCACCAACCUUCCAGCGUCGACAACGGCCAAGGCUGGACCACCGUCCCCGCCCGCCGCGGCAACGCACAAUCCAACAUCCCCCAAGACACCGACGUCACCUCCCCGGAAGCGCUCAGCCGCGCCGAACAAGAAGACCACGACCUCGCCCUAGCCCUCCAGCUCCAAGAAGAAGAAGAAGACCGCGAGCGCCGCGAAACGGAACAACGAAACUCCCGCAACAACCAACUCUCCAUGGACGCUAUAAACGCUCCUCCCCAGCCGCCGCGAAACCAGCAGAACCCUGUCAUUCCACCCCGCCGUAACAAUAAUAUUACGGGGCAUAGACCUGCUGGGGAAGCGGCUCCGCCGCCGUUGUACGAGGAGGCUAUCACAAGUCCGCAAUAUGUGCCUCCGGCUGGGCAUCCCGCGAGUGCGCAGGCGCCGGUGCCGGGGCAGGGUGGCAGUGCGUAUCAGAGUACGAGUGGCGGGUUGCCGGCGCUGCCUGGCGCGGGGAGGGGCAGGCAUGGUAAUGUUUUGCCUGGACGGAUGGGCGGAGGGAGGAGACCGAGUCAGGGGCAGCAGGGACAGGGGCAGGGACAGGAGGAGAGGGAUAAGUGCGUUGUUAUGUAG